GCUUGGUUGCUCCCGUCGCUUCGCCAACAGUGGACUCCUCUUCCGGUUGUCUUCCAGUUUCGUGUCUUCGAGUCUUUGUUCAUUUCCCUUCUCGGUUAACCGGUGGAAAACGAUCUUCUUUCGUUUCAGAAGCAAUUCUAUUCUUUUGGAAUCCAAAAAUUCCCAACCUCCUUCCCUUCGCCAUUCUUAAUCUCCUCAUUUGGUAGAAUUUAUAACACGAUUUCUUCGGUAACAUCUCCUCGCCCUCCAAUUCUUCACAGGUGAUCGAUCAAGCAUCAAGAAUCCACCCUCCCUUCAAGAAACCCUCGUGUUUGCCCCUCUUUAACCCCCAUCUAUCUCUCUCUUAUUCUCCUUCGAUUCCUCCCAUGAAUGAGCUAUCUCAAGGGCCUCGUCGAUUCCUUCUCCAAGUUCUUCUCCGACGCGCGCCCCUCCGCUUCUUCUGAUCCCUCUCCAUCUCCUGCCGCUGCGUUUGAUCGGACAAUGGAAGGCUCGGACGCGGGGCCUUCGGUCGUCAGCGAGAGGGUUGUGCUGAAGCUGAAGGGUUACUUUGAGUUGGCGAAGGAGGAGAUCGACAAGGCGGUGCGGGCCGAGGAGUGGGGCCUUACUGAGGAUGCCGUCGCCCACUAUAGGAAUGCGCAGCGGGUGAUGCUCGAAGCGAAGGCUGCAAGAGUCCCUACUGCUCUCUCAUCCAGUGAGAAUAAUCAGGUGAAGGUUUAUCAGCAAAAGAUCUCAAAAUGGCAGGAGAAAGUUGCAGAGAGACUGCUGGUGCUAGGUCAGAGAACAGGCAUGGCAACAAACAAGGCUGCCCCAAGCCAUACUCUAGUGAGAACAGUCUCAUCGACAACGUCUGGUGCAAAGAAACCUAUACCACGGGACUUGUCCCGUUUAAAGAAUAGUCUAGCAACAGGGAAUCAGAGAAAUGUUAAUGGAGCUGCAAAACCUGCUCAUGAUGCUUUGAGUGGUUAUGAUGCCCGACUAGUUGAUAUGAUAAACACAGUCAUAGUAGACAGGAGUCCUGCUGUUAAGUGGGAUGAUGUUGCUGGCCUUGAAAAGGCAAAGCAAGCUCUUAUGGAAAUGGUAAUCCUACCAACUAAGAGAAGAGACUUAUUUACUGGCCUUAGGAAGCCAGCUAGAGGCUUGCUCCUUUUUGGACCUCCUGGUAAUGGGAAAACAAUGCUUGCCAAAGCUGUUGCAUCAGAAUCAGAGGCAACCUUUUUUAGUAUUUCCGCCUCAUCUUUAACAUCGAAAUGGGUGGGAGAAGCUGAAAAGCUCGUUCGGACUCUUUUCAUGGUUGCUGUUGCUAGACAACCAUCUGUAAUCUUCAUGGAUGAAAUCGAUAGCAUCAUGUCUACAAGGUUAGCUAAUGAGAAUGAUGCAAGUCGAAGAUUGAAGUCAGAAUUCCUAGUCCAGUUUGAUGGGGUGAUGUCAAAUCACAAUGAUUUAGUAAUUGUUAUCGGUGCAACUAAUAAGCCACAAGAAUUGGAUGAUGCUGUUCUACGGAGAUUGGUGAAAAGAAUUUAUAUCCCGUUACCAGAUGGAAAUGUUAGGAGGCUCCUUCUGAAAAAUCAGCUUAAAGGUCAAGAAUUUUCAUUGCCUGGUGGUGAUCUGGAAAGACUUGUCCAGGAGACUGAAGGUUAUUCAGGAAGUGAUUUGCAAGCCUUGUGCGAAGAAGCUGCAAUGAUGCCAAUCAGAGAACUUGGUCCACAAAACAUUCUUAAAAUAGAAGCGAAUCAGGUACGGCCAUUAAGAUAUGAUGAUUUUCGGAAGGCAAUGGUUGUCAUCAGACCAAGCUUACAGAAGAGCAAGUGGGAAGAGCUUGAGGAGUGGAAUAAGCAAUUUGGUUCAAAUUGAAGAUGCAAAGAUUUGCAAGAGUAGAUGUAGUACUGCAAAUAAAUAUUCAUAUCAUAUCUUUGAUAUAGCUGAAAGAUCUGUGUGCUUUGGACGGACCGAUAGAUUUCUUUCCUCACCAAGGUUGGCUGGUGACCAUCUCAUGUGGAAAGGUUCUGCUCUAUGAAAAUUGAUAUGUUAGCAAGUUCCUUUUUUAUGUUUGAAUAGUGAAAAAUGUAAUUAUGUACAUUUGCGUAUAUUAUGUAAAUGAUAACCUUUUUUUCCUGAAUUGUCUCCUGCACCAUAAAUUCUAUU